UGUAGAUCCGAUGGGAGGGCUACCCGGGUAGUUUCCUGUAAUGCUUCGGUGGCUACGGCAGUCUCUUCGGCAGGUGUCUAGUCUGAUGGCCCGGAGACCAGGGCUUGUCUGCGGGGCGAUACUGCUGAGCGUCCUGCUACUACUGGCCGUUACAUUUACCUGCAGGUAGGUAACAGAAUAUGAGGUCUGAUGGUUGGUUAUCUACCGGUAGUUAUCUGUGGUUUUCAGUGAGAAACUCCCAGGCGUUUCACAGUUUUGUUGCAGCCCUGUACUAGCUCAGCUGAUUCACAAGGGCUUGAUGAUUCGUUGACAAGUUGAAUCAGGUGAGGUAGCGCUGGAAUAUAUCAAAUACAUGGAACAACUGGGGGUCCCCGAGAGGUAAACCCCCCUUAUCUAGCUAUCUGUCUAGCUAACUGCUGGUUAACGUUACAACUUCAGCCUUUGUUAGGAUAGCUAAAGUUAUGGUUAGCCAGCUGAUCCGACCCGCUUGAUUACAACUGCACUAGGGUCGAAAAGCAUUCCUGUGUAGAUUAAGACACUGCAGAGCUGGUGCGAGAUUUGGCUUUGAAAACGUACCUCAAUCCAGGGAUUAGAAAUGCAUUGUACUCCUAAUUGUCCCAUUAUCCCAACUGUUACACCGAGAAGAUUGAACGACGGCUAGUUUUUUUUUAGCAGUAGUUCAACCUUCUCGGUGUAACAGUUGGGAUAAUGGGACAAUUCAGAGUACAAAGCAUUUCUCAUCCCUGGAUUGAGGUACGUUUACCGAGCCAUAUCUCUCGCCGGCGUGUCUUCAUCUACACAUGAAUGCUGUCUGACCCUAGUGCAGCUGUAAACAAGGGGUCGGAUCUGCUGGCUAACUGUAUAGGUAGAGAACAGUCUGGGCUAGCCCACCUGCAGUGGGAAUGCUGUCUGACCCUAGUGCAGCUGUAAACAAGGGGUCGGAUCUGCUGGCUAACUGUAUAGGUAGAGAACAGUCUGGGCUAGCCCACCUGCAGUGGGCUUAAUGUGAAAUCCCCUGCUCAUUGGUUGGAUAUCUAACUUAAGCCUUUGUUUGGGUAGCUAGUAGUGUAGUAGCUGGAACAGGGAAGUGAUCAGUGUGCGUUCUAAUCUAGCCGGCUGUUUAGGGUCUGUUUUCUAUAAAGCAUUGCAGUGCAGCUUGCUAGAUCACUACGUUUGUCUACUUUCUGUUCAUAAACACUGGACCCACAGCCUACAGUGGGAGGCUAUCAUUGUUGUGUUGUGUUUGUCCAUGUCGCCAGUCGCAGCUGGUAGAGAGAGGGGAGUCUGUCUCAUGUCCUACUGCUUGUCAUCAGAGACUGACUGUCUGACGUGUCCUCCUGUAUUACUAGCAGCUGGUAGAGAGAGGGAGUCUGUCUCAUGUCCUACUGCUGGUCAUCAGAGACUGACUGUCUGACGUGUCCUCCUGUAAUACUACCAGCUGGUAGAGAGAGGGAGUCUGUCUCAUGUCCUACUGCUUGUCAUCAGAGACUGACUGUCUGACGUGUCCUCCUGUAUUACUAGCAGCUGGUAGAGAGAGGGAGUCUGUCUCAUGUCCUACUGCUUGUCAUCAGAGACUGACUGUCUGACGUGUCCUCCUGUAAUACUAGCAGCUGGUAGAGAGAGGGAGUCUGUCUCAUGUCCUACUGCUGGUCAUCAGAGACUGACUGUCUGACGUGUCCUCCUGUAAUACUAGCAGCUGGUAGAGAGAGGGAGUCUGUCUCAUGUCCUACUGCUGGUCAUCAGAGACUGACUGUCUGACGUGUCCUCCUGUAAUACUACAGCUGGUUAGAGAGAGGGAGUCUGUCUCAUGUCCUACUGCUGUCAUCAAGACAGACGGUCUGACGUGUCCUCCUGUAUUACUAGCAGCUGGUAGAGAGAGGGAGUCUGUCUCAUAUUCCCUACUGCUUGUCAUCAGAGACUGACUGUCUGACGUGUCCUCCUGUAUUACUAGCAGCUGGUAGAGAGAGGGGAGUCUGUCUCAUGUCCUACUGUUGUCUCAGAGACUGACUGUCUGACGUGUCCUCCUGUAAUACUACCAGCUGGUAGAGAGAGGGAGUCUGUCUCAUGUCCUACUGCUUGUCAUCAGAGACUGACUGUCUGACGUGUCCUCCUGUAAUACUACCAGCUGGUAGAGAGAGGGAGUCUGUCUCAUGUCCUACUGCUUGUCAUCAGAGACUGACUGUCUGACUGUCCUCCUGUAUACUACAGCUGGUAGAGAGAGGGAGUCUGUCUCAUGUCCUACUGCUUGUCAUCAGAGACUGACUGUCUGACGUGUCCUCCUGUAAUACUACCAGCUGGUAGAGAGAGGGAGUCUGUCUCAUGUCCUACUGCUUGUCAUCAGAGACUGACUGUCUGACGUGUCCUCCUGUAAUACUGGCAGCUGGUAGAGAGAGGGAGUCUGUCUCAUGUCCUACUGCUUGUCAUCAGAGACUGACUGUCUGACGUGUCCUCCUGUAAUACUGGCAGCUGGUAGAGAGAGGGGGUCUGUCUCAUGUCCUACUGUAAUACUAGCAGCUGGUAGAGAGAGGGAGUCUGUCUCAUGGCUGUUAGAUACACUUGUGAUCUAAGGAGAUUUAAAUGUUCAUUUAGACUGAACGGUUAUCGAAUCAAAUGAAAUUGUAUUUGUCACAUACGCGUUGUUGUGGGUGUGGCGAAAUGCUUGGGCUUCUAGCUCCGACAGUGCAGAAAUAUCUAACAAGUAAUAUCUAACAAUUUCACAACAUAUACCCAAUACACACAAAUCUAAGUAAGGAAUGGAUUGAAGAAUAUAUAAAUAUAUGGACGAGCAAUGACAGAGCGGCAUGGACUAAGAUACAGCAGAAUAUUAUAGAAUACAGUAUAUACAUAUGAGAUGAGUAGUGCAAGAUAUGUAAACGUUAUUAAAGUGACUAGUGUUCCAUGUCUUAAAGUGGCCAGUGAUGGAGGGACUGACAUGUUAGAAUGAGGAAAGCCUAGAGAGGACUCGAUGUAUGUUGUUACACUCAACUUAUUUAAAGACGAGACAAAUUAGAAGCAAGUUGCGGACAAAUCCUUCCUCUCUCUCUCCCUAGUGUGUUACUCUCUCUCUCUCUCUCUUCCAUCCCUCUCUCCCUCCUAGCCGGGCUAAGAAUGUGGUGGCGUCGGCGCGUCCCCCGGUGAGGUUCUUCUCUGCCGAGGCCCCCGUGGUGGACCUGUACCUGGGUCAGCUGGAGCAGGUAGAGAGGCUGAGGGGCGUGGCCGAGGUGUCUGUCAUCUUCUUCUACGCUCCCUGGUGUGCUCACUCCAUCGCCGCUCGCCACGAGGUCCAGGAGGUCGCCCGGAGGCUUGCCAAACAGGUAACACACACACACCACCCGCACACCACACGAGGUCCAGGAGGUCGCCCGGAGCUGCACAACAGGUACACACACCACACACCACCCCCACAUCCACCACAGCAUGCCACCCACCAGUCAGGUCCCCAGAGGCUGGCCAAACAGGAAAACACACACCACACUCCAUCGCCCUCGCCACGAGCCAAGGCGCAGGAGGCUCCAACAGACACAACACACGCAGGAACACCGCUACCUCAUUAGCGUCCCAGGGUGCCCGGAGGCUGGCCAACAGAGUUACGCACUGUGACGACACAGGAUGCCACAAUCAUGUGACAGUCAGAUGGAUGAGCUGCCAUCACAGCACCACACCACUCACCUAAAACCGACCAACCACAGCAGGAACCAACCAGCAGGAACACACGCUCACCCUCCAUUGCCGCUCGCCAAGAGGUUAUGUACUCGCGCGUGCCCCAACUUAGCAGCGUUGGCGUGCAUCUUCUCUCCCCCUAUGGUCUGCUCGUCUCGUACUCAUCUCCCUCCGGUCGUGACGAGGUCCGGUCCGAGCUGCACGGCCCCUCGUACCCGGACCUACACCCCACCUAACCCUCACUCCCAGGUGCCACACAUCGACCAGUGACUCCUCGCCGAGGUCCUAGCUCACCGAGGCUCCACAGUUCCCAACUCACCUCACCCUAGGCCACGGUGCCAUCCAUAUCGCGCUGCAAGUUGUGCCUCAGUAUGGCUGCCAGUCGGUGCCAUCCCAUAGUGAUGCUAUCAGCAGGGCCAUCAAGUGAUGUAAUCUGGUGCCACGAUGGUCAGGGGUGCCAGUCAGUAUGUGUUAAGUCGGUCCAGCCAGUAUGGUGCCAUAAGUCUGGUACCAUCAGUAUGUAUAAGCGGUCCCAUCAGUAUGUGAUGCAUAGCCGGUCCAGUCAGUAGGUGACGCUAUAAUCCUGGUGCCAGUCAGUAUGGGAUUAGUCUGGUGCCAGUCAGUAUGGUGCUAUAUAGUCCUAGGGUGCUCGAGGUGCAUGGGCCUAUAUGUAGUCAGUCUGGGUGCCAGUCACGUAUGGUGAUUAUAGUCCUGGGUGCCAGUCAGUAUGUGCUAUGAUAUCCUGGUGCCACAGUAUGGUGCUUAUAGUCUGGGUGCCAGUCAGUAUGGUGCUAUAUAUAGUCUGGGUGCCAGUCAGUAUUGGUGCAGUGUAUGUCUGUGGUGCCAGUCAGUAUGGUGAUGUAUAGUCUGGGUGCCAGUCAGUAUGGUGAUGUAUAGUCUGGGUGCCAGUCAGUAUGGUGCUAUAUAGUCUGGGUGCCAGUCAGUAUGGUGCUAUAUAGUCUGGGUGCCAGUCAGUAUGGUGAUGUAUAGUCUGGGUGCCAGUCAGUAUGGUGAUGUAUAGUCUGGGUGCCAGUCAGUAUGGUGAUGUAUAGUCUGGGUGCCAGUCAGUAUGGUGCUAUAGUCUGGGUGCCAGUCAGUAUGGUGAUGUAUAGUCUGGGUGCCAGUCAGUAUGGUGUAUAUAGUCUGGGUGCCAGUCAGUAUGGUGAUAUAGUCUGGGUGCCAGUCAGUAUGGUGCUAUAUAGUCUGGGUGCCAGUCAGUAUGGUGCUAUAUAGUCUGGGUGCCAGUCAGUAUGGUGAUGUAUAGUCUGGGUGCCAGUCAGUAUGGUGUUAUAUCUGGGUGCCAGUCAGUAGGUGCUAGUCUGGGUGCAUCAGUGGUGAUGUAUAGUCUGGGUGCCAGUCAGUAUGGUGCUAUAUAGUCUGGGUGCCAGUCAGUAUGGUGAUGUAUAGUCUGGGUGCCAGUCAGUAUGGUGCUAUAUAGUCUGGGUGCCAGUCAGUAUGGUGAUGUAUAGUCUGGGUGCCAGUCAGUAUGGUGCUAUAUAGUCUGGGUGCCAGUCAGUAUGGUAUAUAGUCUGGGUGCCAGUCAGUAUGGUGUAUAUGUCUGGGUGCCAGUCAGUAUGGUGAUGUAUAGUCUGGGUGCCAGUCAGUAUGGUGCUGUAUAGUCUGGUGCCAGUCAGUAUGGUGCUAUAUAGUCUGGGUGCCAGUCUGUAUGGUGCUAUAUAGUCUGGGUGCCAGUCUGUAUGGUGCUAUAAUAGUCUGGGUGCCAGUCUGUUUCUACAGUAUGGUGCUAUAUAGUCUGGGUGCCAGUCAGUAUGGUGCUAUAUAGUCUGGGUGCCAGUCUGUAUGGUGCUAUAUAGUCUGGGUGCCAGUCAGUAUGGUGCUAUAUAGUCUGGGUGCCAGUCAGUAUGGUGAUGUAUAGUCUGGGUGCCAGUCAGUUUGGUGCUAUAUAGUCUGGGUGCCAGUCUGUUUCUACAGUAUGGUGCUAUAUAGUCUGGGUGCCAGUCAGUAUGGUGCUAUAUAGUCUGGGUGCCAGUCUGUAUGGUGCUAUAUAGUCUGGGUGCCAGUCAGUAUGGUGCUAUAUAGUCUGGGUGCCAGUCAGUAUGGUGCUAUAUAGUCUGGGUGCCAGUCUGUAUGGUGCUAUAUAGUCUGGGUGCCAGUCUGUAUGGUGCUAUAUAGUCUUGGUGCCAGUCUGUAUGGUGCUAUAUAGUCUGGGUGCCAGUCAGUAUGGUGCUAUAUAGUCUGGGUGCCAGUCAGGUUAAAGUAUGGUGCUAUAUUAGUCCUGGGUGCCAGUCCAGUAUGGUGGCUAUAUAGUCCUGGGUGCCAGUCAGUAUGGUGCUAUUAUAGUCUGGGUGCCAGUCCAGUAUGGUGCUAUAUAGUCCUUGGUGCCGUCAGUAUGGUGCCUAUAUAGUCUGGGUGCCAGUCGUAUGGUGCUAUAUAGUUGGGGUCUGUAUGGUGAUAUAGUCUGGGUGCCAGGGUCUGUAUGUGUGCUAUUAGUAUGGGUGCCAGGUCAGUAUGGUGAUAUAUAGUCUGGGUGCCAGUCCGUAUGGUGAUAUAUAGUCUGGGUGGCCAGUCAGUUAUGGUUUGUACUAGUCUGGGUGCCAGUUAGUAUGGUGCUAUAUAGUCUGGGUGCCAGUCAGUAUGGUGAUAUAUAGUCCUGGGUGGCCAGUCAGUCAUGGUGCUAUAUAGUCCUGGGUGCUCAGUCAGUAUGGUGAUGUAUUAGUCUGGGUGCCAGUCAGUAUGGUGCUAUAUAGUCUGGGUGCCAGUCAGUAUGGUGAUGUAUAGUCUGGGUGCCAGUCAGUAUGGUGCUGUAUAGUCUGGGUGCCAGUCAGUAUGGUGAUGUAUAGUCUGGGUGCCAGUCAGUAUGGUGAUGUAUAGUCUGGGUGCCAGUCAGUAUGGUGCUAUAUAGUCUGGGUGCCAGUCAGUAUGGUGCUAUAUAGUCUGGGUGCCAGUCAGUAUGGUGAUGUAUAGUCUGGGUGCCAGUCAGUAUGGUGAUGUAUAGUCUGGGUGCCAGUCAGUAUGGUGAUGUAUAGUCUGGGUGCCAGUCAGUAUGGUGAUGUAUAGUCUGGGUGCCAGUCAGUAUGGUGCUAUAUAGUCUGGGUGCCAGUCUGUUUCUACUGUAGACAGUACAACUCAAUACACCUCAGAGUUACUGUACUAAAUUCUGAAGCUGUUUCUAAAUGCGCCUCCUUCUCUGUGCAGGUGGUCUGCUGUGGCCUUAUUCUUGCUCUGCUGUCUGCACUGUUUGUACAGGUGCAGUUUGUGGCAGUGAACUGUUGGUGGAGCCAGGGGAAAUGCAGGAAACAGAAGAGCUUCUACCAAUACCCUGUCAUCCAGCUGUUCUACAAGAGGUAAUACAGUCUACUAGUUCUAUAUCUAUACCCUGUUCUACAAGAGGUAAUACAGUCUACUAGUUCUAUAUCUAUACCCUGUUCUACAAGAGGUAAUACAGUCUACUAGUUCUAUAUCUAUACCCUGUUCUACAAGAGGUAAUACAGUCUACUAGUUCUAUAUCUAUACCCUGUUCUACAAGAGGUAAUACAGUCUACUAGUUCUAUAUCUAUACCCUGUUCUACAAGAGGUAAUACAGUCUACUAGUUCUAUAUCUAUACCCUGUCCUCCACCUGUUCUACAAGAGGUAAUACAGUCUACUAGUUCUAUAUCUAUACCCUGUUCUACAAGAGGUAAUACAGUCUACUAGUUCUAUAUCUAUACCCUGUCAUCCAGCUGUUCUACAAGAGGUAAUACAGUCUACUAGUUCAUAUCUAUACCCUGUUCUACAAGAGGUUAAUACAGUCUACUAGUUCUAUAUCUAUACCCUGUUCUACAAGAGGUAAUACAGUCUACUAGUUCUAUAUCUAUACCCUGUCAUCCACCUGUUCUACAAGAGGUAAUACAGUCUACUAGUUCUAUAUCUAUACCCUGUUCUACAAGAGGUAAUACAGUCUACUAGUUCUAUAUCUAUACCCUGUUCUACAAGAGGUAAUACAGUCUACUAGUUCUAUAUCUAUACCCUGUUCUACAAGAGGUAAUACAGUCUACUAGUUCUAUAUCUAUACCCUGUUCUACAAGAGGUAAUACAGUCUACUAGUUCUAUAUCUAUACCCUGUCAUCCACCUGUUCUAGAGGAAGGAGAUACAGUCUAUUCAUUUUAUAUCAAGGGGAAGGAGAUACAGUCUAUUCAUUUUAUAUCAAGGGGAAGGAGAUACAGUCUAUUCAUUUUAUAUCAAGGGGAAGGAGAUACAGUCUAUUCAUUUUAUAUCAAGGGGAAGGAGAUACAGUCUAUUCAUUUUAUAUCAAGGGGAAGAAGAUGCAGUCUAUUCAUUUUAUAUCAAGGGGAAGGAGAUGCAGUCUAUUCAUUUUAUAUCAAGGGGACGGAGAUACAGUCUAUUCAUUUUAUAUCAAGGGGACGGAGAUACAGUCUAUUCAUUUUAUAUCAAGGGGAAGGAGAUACAGUCUAUUCAUUUUGCGUCUUGUUUGGUUAUUACUCUCUUUGUGAUAAUAUUCUGUCCUUUAUGAGAUAUUAUUCCCCUCUGUCCAUGUAUUCUUCAUUCUGAUCUAAAAGGCUGAUUCUACUCCUCCUACUCUGACAUGCUCGGUACCUAAGACCUGUUGUAUCUGUCUGUCCCCUGUCUGUCUCUGGAGGUUUGGCCCUAUACAUUACAAAGGUCCAUUCAUGGCUUCCUAUGUAGAGAGAUUCAUCCUGAGAGUCAUCACUCCACUGACCUAUCUACCAUCACGAGCCACACUACAAGACUUUCUGUCUUAUCAUGAGGUAUGAGGUGGGGGGAGAGGAGGAGGAGGGAGAUGCUGGAGGGAGGGAAGGAGGGAGAUGCUGGAAGGAGGGAGAUAAAUAAUAUGAGUGUUAUGCUUUGGGUCUUUCUGUUGUUAGAGAGAAAGACAUAGUUCUAUUUAAUAAUGAGAGAUAAUGUCCCAAAUAGCACCCUGUUCCCUUUAUAGUCCACUACAGAGCUAUGGUUAAAAGUAGUACACUAUAAAAGGAAUAGGGUGCCAUUUGGGAGGAGUCCACUAGGUGUGGUGUACCUGUGGGUCAGGUCUAGUGUAUGGUAUGAUGGAGGGUGUUAUUGUGUUCAGGAGCCGCUCCGACACUUUCUAGUUUAGUCCUUUCUGUAGUGUCUCUGUGUCUCUCACAAUAGACUUCCUGGUUGUUUUGCUAGCAGGGUUUUAGCCUGUAGAUAUGGUUGUUUUGCUAGCAGGGUUUUAGCCUGUAGAUAUGACCUAGAUAAAAAGACGGAGUCUUUCUGACAUGGCUGACUGCUUCUUCUGUUCAUGAUCUGUGAUGUGACACGUAGGGUUCCAGUACCUUUCCCAUAAUGCCCAGGUUUUCCACAUCCUGUUUGGAGGAUUCUCAGAAUCGGUAGGGAAUCAGCAGGAAAUCCAGAAUCCUCUAACCAAGGUUUCUGGAAAACCUUUGAAUUCUGAGGAAGUUACUAGAUUUUUGCAACCCAAGUCACGUUUCAUGUCUGUUCUCCCCUCCUGCUUCCCAGCCGGGGGUAGUGGGUUAUUUCCAGUUCAACUCUUCUCCUCAGCCUCCCGGCUACAUCACAUACCUCUCCUCAGCUCUACAGGCCUUGAAGAGAGGUAAGCUAACCUCGACAUGCUAACCCCCAUGUUGUCCCAAUUACUUUCAAUUACUUUCCAUCUCCUAAUAUCCUCUCCUUGAUGGGAGAUGGAUACAUUUAAGUCCAUCUAAUCCAGUGUCUCUUUGAUAACCGCUACUCGCUGUGUUUUGCCUCUGGAGUAGAACGUCAUAGCCAUUUGAAAUAGAAUGAAUAGAACAGACUUGGAAGCUCUGCCCGUAGCAAGGCCUGUUCUACUCAUUCUAGUUCUGUGACUAUAGAAAUGAGAAGUUUGCUGGAUGAAUAAAGGAUGAAUAGAUGAAUGAAAGUGUGAGUGUUCUCCCCCGGUGCAGACUUCCGCGGUGUGGUGCGGUUCGGGGUGGUGACCAGUAAACUGGUGGCAGAGUCCAUCUCCGUCAGAGAUGACCAGACCAUCUACCUGCACCGACACUUCAACUCCUCACUGGUCAGUCAACACACACACACACCCCUGUCUACCGACACUUCAACUCCUCACUGGUCAGUCAACACACACACACCCCUGUCUACCGACACUUCAACUCCUCACUGGUCAGUCAACACACACACACCCCUGUCUACCGACACUUCAACUCCUCACUGGUCAGUCAACACACACACCCCUGUCUACCGACACUUCAACUCCUCACUGGUCAGUCAACACACACACACCCCUGUCUACCGACACUUCAACUCCUCACUGGUCAGGCAACACACACACACCCCUGUCUACCGACACUUCAACUCCUCACUGGUCAGUCAACACACACACACACCCCUGUCUACCGACACUUCAACUCCUCACUGGUCAGUCAACACACACACCCCUGUCUACCGACACUUCAACUCCUCACUGGUCAGUCAACACACACACACCCCUGUCUACCGACACUUCAACUCCUCAUUGGUCAGUCAACACACACACACCCCUGUCUACCGACACUUCAACUCCUCAUUGGUCAGUCAACACACACCCCUGUCUACCGACACUUCAACUCCUCAUUGGUCAGUCAACACACACAUACCCCUGUUUACCGACACUUCAACUCCUCACUGGUCAGUCAACAUACACACCCCUGUCUACCGACACUUCAACUCCUCACUGCUCAGUGGUGAUGUCAUCAGCACGUGACAAACAGACCUGUCAUGCUAAGGGGCCCAGAGUUUGUCGCAGCAUCGCAUUAGUGGAAACCAAGACUGUUCUCAGGGCAGACCUGGUUGUAGAUAGAUUUGUUCGAGUUGCGUCGGGGACAAUUUUAGCUAACCCUAAACCUAAUUCUACAAACCUGCCACGUUAAUUAUCCUAACCUGCUACGAAAAGUAACUUCUGCUAGUCAACACCGGCAGACCUGCCUUGAGAAUAGUCUUGGUUUCCUCUAAUGCGAUACAGUGACUUUCUUCUGGUCAGGUCAAAUGUUCAGGGAAAAACUCCUGCCGCUGUCAUUUGUACCUAUGGAAGUUUAGCUCUACCUUUCUCUCUCCCUCUCUCCUCCCUCCCUCCCCCCAUCCCGCCUCCCCCUGUCUCUCCCUCUCCCCCAUCCCCUGUCUCUCCCUCUCUCCCCCAUCUCCUCCCUUCCCCAUCCGUCUCCUCCUCUCUCCUCCCUCCCCAUCCCCUGUCUCCCCCUCUCUCCCCCCAUUCCGUCUCCUCCUCUCUCCUCCCUCCCCCCAUCCCCUGUCUCCCCCUCUCUCCCCCCUCAGAUCUUCCCUAGUUGGGAGCGAAACUUCACCUCUGAGGGCAUCUGUUCCUGGGUCUUCGAGCACCGCGAGACCGUGCUCCAAUGGCUGCAGCCGCCUGGCGCUAAGUCCCGCCUCCUGGAGCAGGAACUGACCAAAGGCCCUGCCCUCCUGCUCUUCCUGCCCCACAAUCCCCUGGGGCCUGGCCCCGACCCGCUGCUGACGCAGGUGAGUCACCACGACAACAACAACGACCUUUACAACCAACAACCACUACUACAACUACUAUAAAAACAUUUAAUAUUUUUAUGUGAUUUUUAUAUCCACAUUAAUUUAACUCUUCGACCCCGCCCCCUUCUAGAUUGCAGACAUUGCGGUUCGCUACCAUUCCUGUAACAACUCCCCUCACCACCACCCCUCUGACCACUACUACAGUGGACCCUCCCAGCCCCUGUCCACCCCUCUCUGCUGCCUCUCAGUGGCUCUUCCCGGGCCACACCCCCUCCCAGGCUCCACCUCCAGGGUGUGUGAGCUUUGUCUCAACCAGUCCCAGUCCAACCCGGGUAGCUCUCCCCGCUGCACCUUCCCCUCCCAGACAUCAGGUGGUGCUGUCGUGCUCCAGUCCUACCUCAGACGAUGCUGUCUACCUGUUGCUGUGACGGCGACGGCAACGACGGUUUCCUGUAGUAACAUCCUGAGUAGCUACAGCCCGUCGUCAGGUCGCUAUAGUGCCUGUUGUAGAACUCUGGGACAGCUAGGGGCUUCCCUGCCCCCACAGCAGGGGCUAGGGCUAGACAAUGAGGGGCUAGGGACACCCCCUCCCUCACCACCCUCCUCCCAUGACUCCUCCCCAUCCUCUCAGGACCAGGAAGUAAGUGGGAUUAAAGGGCUGCGUUGUCGGACCAAUAAGACUCUCAGGUUCUAUGUCCUGGACUCCGCCCUCCACUGGCCGCUGGCGGUGCGUCUCGGGGCGCUAGGCAACAACGAGAUGGGUGGCGGCAGCCGGGGGGAGUUAGGAGGGUUGCUAGGCAAUGGGACCAGUGUUGGCGCACGGUCGUUUGUGACCAUCGUGAACCUGAAGGAUGAGGUGCACUACGUUCUGGACCACAGAGGGACCGCUAGUGUUACGGAGUCACUGGGUAAGACUGGGGAGUUACUUGGUCAACUAUCUACUGUAAUGGAGUCACUGGGUAAGACUGGGGAGUUACUGGGUCAACUAUCUACUGUUACAGAGUCACUGGGUAGACGCUGGGAAGUUACUGGGGUCAACUAUCCUACUGUUCCGGAGUCACUGGUAAUACUGGGGAGUUACUGGGUCAAAUCUAUCUACUGUUAUGGAGUUACUGGGUCAACUAUCUACUGUUACGGAGUCACUGGGUAAGACUGGGGAGUUACUGGGUCAACUAUCUACUGAUACAGAGUCACUGGGUAAGACUGGGGAGUUACUGGGUCAACUAUCUACUGUUACGGAGUCACUGGGUAAGACUGGGGAGUUACUGGGUCAACUAUCUACUGUUAUGGAGUCCCUGGGCAGUUACUGGGUCAACUAUCUACUGUUACGGAGUCACUGGGUAAGACUGGGGAGUUACUGGGUCAACUAUCUACUGUUAUGGAGUCACUGGGUAAGACUGGGGAGUUACUGGGUCAACUAUCUACUGUUACGGAGUCACUGGGUAAGACUGGGGAGUUACUGGGUCAACUAUCUACUGUUACGGAGUCACUGGGUAAGACUGGGGAGUCAACUAUCUACUGUUAGGGUCAAACUGGAGUUACGUCACUAUUAUGUUACGAGUCACUGGGUAAGACUGGGGAUUACUGGGUCAACUAUCUACUGUACUGAGUACUGGUAAGACUGGGGAGUUACUGGGUCAACUAUCUACUGUUAAGCGGAGUUUCACCUGUUAGAGACUGGGGAGUUAUACUGGGUCAACUAUCUACUGUUACGGAGUCACUGGGUGUAAGACUGGGGAGUUACUGGGUCAACUAUUACUGUUACGGAGUCACUGGGUAAGACUGGGAGUUACUGGUCAACUAUCUACUGUAGAUCCUGGUAACUGGGAUCAACUAUCUACUGUUACAGAGUCACUGGGUAAGACUGGGGAGUUACUGGGUCAACUAUCUACUGUUACGGAGUCACUGGGUAAGACUGGGGAGUUACUGGGUCAACUAUCUACUGUUACGGAGUCACUGGGUAAGACUGGGGAGUUACUGGGUCAACUAUAUACUGUUACGGAGUCACUGGGUAAGACUGGGGAGUUACUGGGUCAACUAUCUACUGUUACGGAGUCACUGGGUAAGACUGGGGAGUUACUGGGUCAACUAUCUACUGUUACGGAGUCACUGGGUAAGACUGGGGAGUUACUGGGUCAACUAUCUACUGUUACGGAGUCACUGGGUAAGACUGGGGAGUUACUGGGUCAACUAUCUUUAACUGUUAACGGGAGUUCCACUCAGCGGGUAAGACUGGGGAGUUACUGGGUCAACUAUCUACUGUUACGGAGUCACUGGGUAAGACUGGGGAGUUACUGGGUCAACUACUACUGUUAUGGAUCCUGGGGUUACUGGGUCAACUAUCUACUGUUACGGAGUCACUGGGUAAGACUGGGGAGUUACUGGGUCAACUAUCUACUGUUAUGGAGUCACUGGGGAGUUACUGGGUCAACUAUCUACUGUUACGGAGUCACUGGGUAAGACUGGGGAGUUACUGGUCAACUAUCUACUGUUACGGAGUCACUGGGUAAGACUGGGGAGUUACUGGUCACUAUCUACUGUACGGAGUCACGGGUAGACUGGAGUUACUGGUCAACUAUUGUUCAUGAGUCACUGGGUAAGACUGGGGAGUUACUGGGUCAACUAUGUAGUAGGCAACAGACCUGGUUAUAAAUACCAUUUGAAAUUCAAAUUCUGCAGCUGUGCUCGAUUGAGCUUCCCUGGCUUAAUGGACCAAUAGAAAAGUCCUGAAACUACAAACCCCACCCAUCUGGCACUCCAGGCAGGCUAAAGCAAAGUAUUUGAAAGAUUGCUAGUAGUAUUUGAACCCAGGUCUGGUCUAGGGAAAGUAGCCAGCUUUACCCCCGGUGUGUCUUCUUGGCCCUCCAGAGAUGUUCAUCAGGAACUUCAGCACCCCCCACAGCCCACUGCAGAGACGCCUGGUGGGGAGGAGGGAUGAGGAGAGGGAGAGGCCCCAGAAGAGACCCCUCAUCUCAGAACUAACCACCACCUCCUUCCUCAGUAAUGUCAUGGAUCCUCACAGGGUGGGUGAGAGAGAGGAGGAGAGGGGGAGAGAGAGAGAGGGCGAACGAGGAGGAGGAGGAGGAGAGGGCGAAGGAGGAGGAGAGGAGGAGGAGGAGGGAGAGAGAGGGAGAUAACCUCACCCCCACCUCACACUGGUUUAACAUCAUAACUGUGUGAUGUGGUUUGACAGACUUGUACUGGUCUUUAAAGACAUGUCUUAGUUCUAAUUAUUCACUUCAGUUUAGACUGGUUUCUGGUUUCUGGAAUGGACAUUGGUUAUGGCUAUAAAAAGGCUAUGGUAAUGGCUUUUCUUCAUGAAUGUGAUAAAAUGACUUCCUGUUUUCCAUGUUGUGUGUUCUCCAGGACGUGCUGCUGUUCUACUACAGCCAGUGGUGUGGCUACUGCUCUGUUCUAAACCAUGUCAUCAUCCAGCUGGCUAGAAUGUUCCAUGGAAACAGCACCGUCACCAUCGCCAGGUAGGGCUGGCUGGCUUGGCUGGGUUUUGUUUCUAUUUUGUGACGUAAUGCUGAGUUGGGUUGUUGUAUUGAUUUCUGUUUUUAUUGAGCUUUUUUUGUUUUUUUAUUUAUUCCAUAGAUAUUCAACUGUUUUAAAGUUAAACAUCCUGUAGUAACAGGAUGUGACGUCAUACUGUCUCUGUGUGUAGGGUGAACGUGGCGCGUAACGACCUGCCGUGGGAGUUCAUGGUGGAUCACUUCCCCUCAGUCCUCCUGUUCCCCAGACACAGGUCAGAUAGAACACACCCCUGUAUGUACCAUUACCUACUCAGACAGGUCAGACAGAACACACCCCUGUAUGUACCAUUACCUACUCAGACAGGUCAGACAGAACACAACCCCUGUAUGUACCAUUACCUACUCAGACAGGUCAGACAGAACACACCCCUGUAUGUCAGACAGGUCAGACAGAACACACCCUGUAUGUACCAUUACCUACUCAGACAGGUCAGACAGAACACACCCUGUAUGUACCAUUACCUACUCAGACAGGUCAGACAGAACACACCCCUGUAUGUACCAUUACCUACUCAGACAGGUCAGACAGAACACACCCCUGUAUGUACCAUUACCUACUCAGACAGGUCAGACAGAACACACCCCUGUAUGUACCAUUACCUACUCAGACAGGUCAGACAGAACACACCCCUGUAUGUACCAUUACCUACUCAGGACAGGUCAGACAGAACACACCCCUGUAUGUACCAUUACUAUCAGACGAACACACCCCUGUAUGUACCAUUACCUACUCAGACAGGUCAGACAGAACACACCCCUGUAUGUACCAUUACCUACUCAGACAGGUCAGACAGAACACAAACCCCCGUAUGUACCAUUACCUACUCAGACAGGUCAGACAGAACACACCCCUGUAUGUACCAUUACCCACUACUCCCGACUCACGGUCAGAUAGAACACACCCCUGUAUGUACCAUUACCUAAUCAGGACAGGUCAGACAGAACACACCCCUGUAUGUACCAUUACCUACUCAGACAGGUCAGAUAGAACACACCCCUGUAUGUACCAUUACCUACUCAGACAGGUCAGAAUAGAACACACCCCUGUAGUACCAUUACCUACUCAGACAGGUCAGACAGAACACACCCCUGUAUGUACCAUUACCUACUCAGACAGGUCAGACAGAACACACCCCUGUAUGUACCAUUACCUACUCAGACAGGUCAGAUAGAACACACCCCUGUAUGUACCAUUACCUACUCAGACAGGUCAGACAGAACACACCCCUGUAUGUACCAUUACCCUACUCAGACAGGUCAGAUAGAACACACCCCUGUAUGUACCAUUACCUACUCAGACAGGUCAGACAGAACACACCCCUGUAUGUACCAUUACCUACUCAGACAGGUCAGAUAGAACACACCCCUGUAUGUACCAUUACCUACUCAGACAGGUCAGACAGAACACACCCCUGUAUGUACCAUACCUACUCAGACAGGUCAGAAGAACACACCCCUGUAUGUACCAUUACCUACUCAGACAGGUCAGACAGAACACACCCCUGUAUGUACCUUACCUACUCAGACAGGUAAUAGAACAAACCCCCCCUGUAUGUACCAUUUCCUACUCAGACAGGUCAGACAGAACACACCCCUGUAUGUACCAUUACCUACUCAGACAGGUCAGAAGAACACACCCCUGUAUGUACCAUUACCUACUCAGACAGGUCAGAAGAACACACCCUGUAUGUACCAUUACCUACUCAGACAGGUCAGAUAGAACACACCCCUGUAUGUACCAUUACCUACUCAGACAGGUCAGACAGAACACACCCCUGUAUGUACCAUUACCUACUCAGACAGGUCAGAUAGAACACACCCCUGUAUGUACCAUUACCUACUCAGAAGUCGACGACACCCCUGUAUGUACCAUUACCUACUCAGACAGGUCAGACAUUGUCUGUUGUUGAACACACUGUUCUCUUUGUACUAAACAAGACAUGUUGGCUAUGAUUCACUAAUAUGUAAAGAUAUCCCACAGUCUCUCACUAAUAUGUAAAGAUAUCCCACAGUCUCUCACUAAUAUGUAAAGAUAUCCCACAGCCUCUCACUAAUAUGUAAAGAUAUCCCACAGUCUCUCACUAAUAUGUAAAGAUAUCCCACAGCCUCUCACUAAUAUGUAAAGAUAUCCCAAAGCCUCUCACUAAUAUGUAAAGAUAUCCCACAGCCUCUCACUAAUAUGUAAAGAUAUUCCACCGCCUCACUAAUAUGUAAAGAUAUCCCACAGCCUCUCACUAAUAUGUAAAGAUAUUCCACCGCCUCACUAAUAUGUAAAGAUAUCCCACAGCCUCUCACUAAUAUGUAAAGAUAUUCCACCGCCUCACUAAUAUGUAAAGAUAUCCCACAGCCUCUCAUGCCUUAUUUAGUUUGACUAACUAGUCUUAUGUUACUUCCUGCCGCUCUUCGUCCUUAGGAAACACCUGUCCGUGAAGUUCCCGGAGGACACUCCCAUCACUCUCCCCAACCUAUUACGUUUCAUCCUGAAGCACUCCGACUCCGCCCACCAGCCAAUGAAAGCAGAAGGAUCCGACCCUAACCCUCAGGUUCUCCUCAAGGCGGAGUUCCGCGCUCUACAAGGAGAAGUCCAAACAUUACACCGUGCACGCCAGCGCCUCUCCAACCAACUGGCCCAGCUAUGGCGAGACAACCGGCGGUUAUCCUUCGACGCCGUGGCCCUGGAGACCCACAAUGCACUGCUUCAGUCCCAGAAUGGCGAGUUGCAGCGUGAGAGGCUGAGCCUAGUGGAGCAGCACAGGGAGAAGAGUCGUCAGUUAGGGGAGGCAGUCAGGAGGCUACAGGAACUAGCAGAUGCAUCAGAGAACCUUCUCACUGCGAGAGCCAGCACGCUGCAGGCAGAGGAGUCUUACAGCUGA